AUGUUUGUCUCAAACUCAAACACGUGGGAGAUUCCUGAAACUGCCCUGAGCGACGCUUCCGUUGUUGCCGUCCGUCUUCUGCUGGAAGUCACAAAAUUCGCGAAGACCGAGAUGUCGCUCUCCAAUCGCCGAACGCCUCGGCCAGUAGUCGCAACAUGGGCGUCGCUCAUCGUCGCACUGCUCGCACACGUCGCAUUCAUUGAAGGAUCAGCUGAUGUGGAGGCAGGCAGUGGAGGAAUGGCGGCGAGCGGGAUUGAGACUGGCAGCAGCAACGUGUGGGUGGUGCUGGUGGGAUCGUCGCGGAACUGGCUCAACUAUCGAGACAACGCCAACACCCUCGCACUUUACAGGAGUGUGCGGGAUUUGGGAGUAUCGGACGAACGUAUAAUUCUCAUGCUGGCGGACAACAUGCCCUGCAACCCCCGCAACCCGCACCCUGGCCGCGUCUUCCAUAGCCCUGACCACCGCCUGAACCUCUAUGGGGAGCACGUGGAGGUGGACUACCGCGGGGCGGAGGUGACAGUGGAUGCGUUCCUGCGCCUGCUCACGGGGCGGCACGACUCGUCUGUUCCGCGCAGCAAGCGGCUUCUCUCGGACGGCAGCAGCCGCAUCCUCAUCUACCUCACGGGCCACGGAGGGGACAAGUUUCUGAAGUUCCGUGACAAAGAAGAGCUGCAGGCUCAAGACCUUGCAGAUGCCUUUCAUCACAUGCACCAGCAGCACAGGUAUCAUUCAAUCCUCCUAAUGAUCGACACAUGCCAGGCGCAAACCCUCUACUCCGAGAUCUACUCCCCUGGUAUUGUCUCUGUCGCCAGCAGUGCCAAGGGCGAGAUGUCCUACUCCUACCUGCCUGACCUCGAUCUGGGAGUAACAGUCGUGGAUCUCUUCACAUACCACACGCUGCAGUUUCUGCAUCAAAUCAAUGCUCGCUCCAAUGUCUCCCUUGCCAGUCUCUUCGAGUCAUACGAUCCAAGGUUCCUAAUGUCUACUCCGGGCUACCACAGUGUCAACUUCCCUGCGCCUCUGCACCAGGUGCCAGUCACUGACUAUGUCGCCUCAGUCAUGCCUGUUCAGAUAACACCUGCCCCGUACCCACUCUCUCCCAACGACUUACCUCCCGCCGAACCGAGCGAGGGAAGGAAGGCUGGAGGAGGAGAGGGCUGUGCAGCAGAGGGAGGAGGUGAUGGAGGGGGGGUUGUGAGAGAGGAGGGAGGUGAGGGUGGAGAGGAAGCAAGGCGUGGGAAUGGCUUGGAGGCGGGAAAGGACUGGACGAUGGACAAUGCUGUGAUGUGGUUUGGGGACCGCGAGCAUGAAGAGGUGGUUGUGAGUCGGUCCCAAGUGGGCACGUGGGCACUGGUGGGGCUAUCAGUGCUGACCCUUGUUGGAGCCAUGUGGGGGCCAUGGCGUAAUGUGGCCAUGGCAUAG